UUCCAGGCAGACAUCGAUGGACUGUCUAAGAAAAGCAGUUUGUCAGUGAGACAGGUUGAACGCUGGUUCAGGAGGAGACGCAGUCAGGACCUUCCUGGAGUCUUGAAGAAGUUCAGAGAGGCCAGCUGGAGGUUUGUCUUCUACAUAUCGGCGUUCAUUGGAGGACUGAUAGCUCUGUACGAUAAAGAAUGGUUUUAUGACACCCGGGAAGUAUGGGAAGGUUUCCCAAAGCAGUCCAUGCUGCAGUCUCAGUACUGGUAUUACAUCCUGGAGAUGAGCUUCUACGGCUCACUCCUCUUACGCGUUGCCUUUGAUGUUAAGAGAAAGGACUUUAAGGAGCAGAUCAUCCACCACCUGGCUACACUGGUACUGCUAUCAUUCUCCUGGUGUGCCAACUACAUCCGGAUAGGAACGUUGGUCAUGCUCAUCCAUGACGCCUCUGAUGUUCUACUGGAGUCUGCGAAAGUAUUCAACUAUGCCAAAUGGGAGAAAACCUGCAAAAGUGUUUUCGUUGUGUUUGCUAUCGUGUUUAUGGUAACACGCCUGAUCAUCUUCCCAUUCUGGUAA